UUUAGGAAAUAGGCCUAGCCGAGUGCUUUUCUAUACGGAGUAAUAGCCGUACGAAAUUAGUAACAAAACAAAGAUGGAAUCCUGUGGCGCCGUCGAAAAAGAAUUAGAUAAGUUAGGUGAUAGAUACGCUUCUGCAAAUGGACAUGUACAGUUGACGUUGGAUGAUUUCAUAAACUCAAUCAGGGGUUUCAACAAUGAGCUUCUUGGAAAACCACCAGAAGAAAUGCUUUCUCAAGCCACAAGGAAAGCAAUUUCAGAAUUUGUUUCAAGAGGAAAGGCAGCAGCAAAUUCUGUGAGCUCAAACCACAAAGAUCUUCAUGGGUCGGUUUCAAAACUAGGAAAGUCUAUUGACAGGAACUUUACAUCCGACUUUUCUGCUGUGAUUACUGAUGGUGCCUUCGAAGGAGAGAGGAAGCAGAGACUGUUAAAUGAAGUCAUCUGUGAGCAUUUCUUUCGCCAAGGCAUGCUUGAUAUAGCAGAAUGCUUGAAUGAGGAUGCACAUUUAGAACUCCCCCACGGAAGGAAAGAACCAUUUUUGGAACUCCACAGAAUUCUAGCAGCACUUAGGCAACGUGAUCUUGGUCCUGCAUUAGCAUGGGCGGAGCUGAACCGAGACGAGCUCAACAAAAGAAAUUCUCCGCUGGAGUUCAAGCUGCACCGUCUGAGGUACAUAGAGCUCAUCAGGCUCGGUGCCAGCAAACAGUCGGAGGUACUCGAGUACGCACGCAGGUUGGCGCCAUUCGCUGAAAUGCACAUGAAGGAUAUGCAGCUUUUGAUGGGAUCCCUCCUGUACCUGCACAAAGGAAUUCAGAACUCAACGUACAGCUUCCUGUUUGAGGACUCCAGCUGGGAAGAAAUCUGUGAUAUAUUUACGCGUGAUGCUUGCUCCUUGCUUGGUCUGUCAGUCGAAAGUCCUCUCAGUGUCAGUGUUAACGCUGGCUGCAAGGCCUUACCUCCCCUGCUGUCUAUUCGGCAAGUUAUGCAGUCCAGACAAGUGGCUGGAGUUUGGAGCAGCAAAGAGGAACUGCCUAUUCAAGUGUCCGUACUGCCCAGUGGAGAUGUCUGUGACAGACACCAGGCAGAUUUACUUUUGACGUCUUCACAAGGAGCAACUAAGGGACCUCAUUUUUCUCUCUGUUUUUUUUUUCUUUUUUUUUCCUCACAGAUCUUAUGAAUUAGAAUGUGCUGGAUCGGAAAAGUAAAGUAAAGUAUGAAUUAGAAUUGUUUUUUACUUUCUUUGAGCAUUUAUUGAGAACUAUUUUGGGUGCUCUUUCAUCGAUUGUGUGGGCAAGAUUUGAAAUUGGAACGUAAUAUAAAAAGUAGAGCUAAGUUAUUGCGAGAGGGAUUCUUGAUGAAUUCUGGGCGUAGUCUAACCUUCAGUUUACCCGUCUACUUUCAUCACAAUAAAUUUUCAUCCCGAAUAUUUUCUGACCUUGUAAAACAGACCUGGUGUGAUACAGUGCCAUUAAUUUAAUAUGAUGCAAGAGCGUUCGACAGUAGUUAAGGAGUUUCAUUAAAUACAGUUCUUACGAGUAGAAUGGGUACUAAAGUGGAAAGGAACGGCGUCUUCUGUAAGAUUCACGAUUUAUUGCUCUGUUUGCUAUGCGGAGGUUGUGUAUUAUGGAGGGAUUUCACUCACUCACUGAGAGAGUCUGAUACGAAGUGUGCAAAAAAAAAAAUGAAAAUUGUGUAUUAUUUAUUCCUUCCGGAAUUCACUUGUAAAUAAGGAAACGUUGAGAUGUAGUUUCAGGGUAUAUUUUUUCCCCAUUCUCAUUUUGCUCCCUUGUUUGAUCAUCAAACCCAUAUCGUCUUUGUGUUGUGAGUUUCCGAUUUGAUACUUGAUGAUGACUAAAAGCUUAAAAAUCUGUCUCUUUUGAAUUUAAAAAAAAAGUCUCUUUGAAUUAAAAAA